AAGUAUUGAUCACAUGAUCACUUCAGUUUCCUGUUUACUUCUGGCCCUGCUUAAAGUUCCUUAGCUAUAUCAAACACGGAUAGAUUCCAUUGCAACAUUACAAACUGCUUUAUACAUAGCCGAUCGUUUUGGCGUUGUAAACAACACUGAAUGUUUUGUCUCCAGAUCGAAAUCAAGUCGAUUACAAAACUCAAGGAUAAAAAGUCGUGCGGAUUUCCUGUGAUUGGCGACCGGGUGUUGUGAUUUUGUGGGAUGCGGUUUUUUGACGUGAGUGCUGGGAAAGAAAAGACACACCGAAACGGGGCUUUCAUUAUAAAUGAGUUACAGAACUCUUUCUUUUUGCUGAUUGGGGAAAUAAUAGCGGCGAGAAGUCUUGAAGUCUUCCUCGUGACAUCUAGUACCGCCGGUAAAGGGCUAUUUUGAUCACCAGGACUGUGGAGGGGAAUCAUCCCGCCAGGACCCUGAACUCGGGACGCGCCACCCGCUCCGGCCCCGGCGCCUUAAAGCGGGCGGUGAGGAAGAAGCUUGCCCUGAAGGGAUGGCCUGGAGGAUCCUCUCGGCCCCAGGGUGCUGCGCUAUAUAGUGAAGGGCGGGUUCGGAUCGAGCAGAAGGCGGGUGACGGGUCUAUGAUGGCUAGCCGGAGCGAGGAGAUAACCGAUCUGAUCUAUGUGUUCUCUAAGAGUCAGUACAGAGCGAAGGAGGUCACCCCGUCGGUAGAGAGAAUAGAGAAGCGAUAUUUGGAGCUGUUUGACCGGGACUACAAGUACAGUAUCAUCCACAACACCAAUGGGGACGUGUGUGGUCACUACCCGCGGAAGAUUGUGUUUCUGGAAUAUGAAUCUUCAGAUAACAAUAAAGAGAGCUUUGAGAGUACAUUGCAGAUCAGUAGGUUGCAGGAUCUGGUGAACCGCAGUAAGAUGGCUCGCUGUAGAGGGAGAUUUGUCUGUCCAGUCAUCCUCUACAAUGGAAAGCAUGUGUGUCGAUCAUCCACACUAGCAGGUUGGGGCGAACUUUAUGGACGCACUGGAUACAACUACAUUUUUUCAGGGGGUUCAGAUGACACCUUUGGUGAUGCUGAAGAGGUUCUGGAGGAUGACUGUGCAGUUCGGAAUAAUGAUUCACAGUUGUUUGAUAAGGUUAGGGGCUCUGACAUUAAGCUGUUGAAGUAUUUGUCUGUACGCUACAUCUGUGACCUCAUGGUAGAGAAUAAGAAGGUCAAGUUUGGCCUCAAUGUGACUUCCUCAGAAAAGGUGGACAAGGCCCAACGCUAUGCUGACUUCACCCUACUCUCUGUGCCUUAUCCAGGAUGUGAAUUCUUCAGGGAAUAUAAAGACAGAGAUUACACCGCAGAAGGGCUUGUCUUCAACUGGAAUCAGGACUAUGUGGAUGCUCCUCUGACAAUCCCUGCUUGUUUUACAAAAAACCUUAACAUCAACUGGAGUGAAUAUCAGUCAUGGGACCUGGUGCAGCAGACUCAGAACUAUCUGAAACUGCUUCUACAUAUCAUCAACUCUGAUGAUGAGAACGGUUUACUGGUGCACUGUAUAUCAGGCUGGGACAGGACACCUCUCUUCGUAUCUCUGCUCAGACUUUCUUUGUGGGCGGAUGGUGCCAUUCAUGCCAGUCUGGAGCCGUCUGAGAUCCUUUACCUGACUAUCGCAUAUGACUGGUUUCUUUUUGGUCACAUGCUGCCUGAUCGGCUCUCUAAGGGGGAGGAGAUUUUCUUUUUCUGCUUCAAUUUUCUGAAGCAUAUUGUUUGUGACACAUUUUCAGUCAUAAAAAAACAAAGAAGAAAAAAUUCUCAAUUCAAAGAUGCUGACUUCACAGUCGAUGACCUCUGCCAGUUAAAGCCAAGAGAUCGGGGUAGUGUGACAAGUUUGAGCAGUGAUUUCUCUCUUAUCACAGAAGAGACAUCUGCUCCAUCCAGUCUACUUGCAGAAGCUACAGACCCGAUUACCACUGGACCUCAGGCUCCUAAUGGGAGGAAAGGCAUGCCAUUGUCUUCUCAUCCUGGGCAUUGGAACCGACCGAUCACUUCAGAGGAAAGAACACCUAAUGUAAUGACUGAGGCCAGUCCUCUGGGGUCCUUUAAGUCCUCAAGCUCUUCCUCAUCCAACCAUUCAGAUCAAAAUGUUUUACGGACAGGAAGCACCCCGUUAGCUGUACCAGGAAGGAGGCCAGUGGUGGAAUAUGCUCGGUCAGGCUCCUCGCUGUCCACAGAUUAUGGCAGUUGGCAGAUUGUGUCAGGAUGUGGGAGCAUCCAUGAUCUUCCUCCAGUGCCCUCAGAGUCUCCUCUUCCAUUCAGCUUCCAGGACGAGGGUCCCAGCGGACGAAUGUGCACAUUUGUACCUGAAAGGCAAGUGAGGUUGGAGGCAGUGAGGGAGCUGUUCCUUGCAGCUUACAGCUCUACAGUGGGACUCAAGUCAUCGGCUUCAAGCCCUUCUGGUGCCAUCUCAGGCCUCCUGGAGCAGUUUGCCCGUGGGGUCGGCCUUCGUGGCACUAAUGCCAUUAUCUGAGUCUUCCAUUGUUGUGCCCAUAAAUUUCACUCAACUUACACACCCUCAGGACUUUUCAUGUCAUCUUUUUUGUCUCCUCUGCAUCUUGAUGUGGCACCAUAUCUACCACAUCAGGAGUACCUAAUUUAUUGGUGAAACUGUACAGUGUAUUCUUUCAUACCCUCUUCCAUGUGUUAGCCUCCAGCAGCUCCUCUCUUCUCACCCUUAUUCUCUGCUCUCACUUAUUCCAGUGCAAUCCUCUAACUGCAGAAAGGAAAAGUGCCAAAUCUAAAUACAGGGCUACAUUAAACUGACUUUUUUUUCUUUUACUUUUUGUUCUCUACAGACCAAAUAAUACCAUACGUCCAUUUGUUUUCUAAUUUAGAUUUUAAUUUGAGCUAUUUAUCGUCUUACUUUUUUUGCGUGUUGCACAUUUGUACUGUAAUAGGGAAAAAUAGAGAGUGGCAGAAAAGGGAAAAUUAUCUCAUUAUCUCAAAAAUAAAAAAAUGCUUAAAAUUAUAUUUCUUGGGACAAAAAGGUCAUUGUAAUUGAGAAAGAAUGAUUUAUUCGCCCUUUUUAAUGGCUUGUUUUAUUUUAGUUGCUGACUGUCUUGUACACUUAAAAGACAUUUCUCUAAAGACAGUCAGUUGUUUAGUGGUAGUUUUAGAAAUGGCAACAGUUUGGGCAGUGGUAAUGUAAGACAACAUCAGUGUUCUUUUAAUUAACACCUUUUUGAAUCAUUUAAUAAGUUAUGAAUUUAAUUAAUUUUUGUUGUCUCUUGAUUAUUUUUUAACUGUAUCAUUCAAGUACACAAAAUUGUAAAGAUAAAUUUAAUCAAGAGCUCCUCUAUACAGAGCAGCAGUUCAUGUCCUGCACUCACUUUUUCUUAAAUCGUUCUUCUUAUUAGACAACGUUUUUUUCUUGUGAAUGAUUUGGGGUAAAUGCCUCAAAAUAACUGAUUUGCCUUGGCAGCAGAUAUUGAUGAAUGGCUUUAAGAUUGUACUUGAAUUCAAGGAUUGAAAACACGGAAUUUGUAGUAUUUUGGAUAUAAAACCAUGGUGGCCUCUUUACCUCAGGGCCUUUUAUUGUGCCUUUUGUUCUUAUGGAGAUACGAUUCUGUUUUCAUGCACAGCUGUAUUAUCUUGCUUUUAGAUUUAAAACAUGCCUUGAUAUGUAUCUGUUUCUCUUUUUGUUCGUUUAUAACAGAAACAACAUCCUUGUGUACUGUAGCAGCUUCUUGUGUUGGGCAAAAUUCAGACUUAAAUUGUUGAAGACUAUACGAACUCCUUGUCAAAUCAUGUGUGAUUUUUGGAAUGAAUUACAGUCAAGCACAACAGAUCUGUUACAAGUACAUGUAAUAGGUUGUAACAUCCCUGUGAUUAUUUUACAAAAGUGGUUGAAAGAUAUAAUUAAACAUCCUUACAAUUAAA